AUGUCCCCUCCCGACGAUAAACCCGCCGACACUGCGCCUGGCGCAUCCAAACCCAAACUCAUCUCUAUCUUCUAUGACGAGGAUGACAACCCUCUCGACACUACGGCAGCUGCGGGUCGCCCUGUUCUUCGUCUUGACAAAACAGGCAAGAUCAUCCUCGGCCCUGUUCCUCCUAUCAUCGACAUGACUGUUCCCCUCCAGUCAGACGAAAAAGGCACCUCCUACCCCGGUCACCAGCUACCUCCCCAUAUACUCUCUGGCCCCACCCCACGAGCGCCAGCCUCGGAGAGUCAGACGUCUAGCCAGGAUAGUCUUCGGCUUAGUGACCUCCAGGUCAUUAUCGAGUCCAUGCAACGUCACCAGACGGAGCUCCAGCGAGCCCAGGUUGAUCCCCCCAAACUCCCCUCGCUGUCAUCUCUCUGCGCGUCCAAUCUUGGCAUGGUACGUCAUCUUCAUGACCUCCAGAAGUACUUCGUCGAAUACGACUCCCGCUUCCCCGAUAGCGCCCCCUCCACUCCUCAAUGGCGGGUUAGCCAAGCAAACAAGUCGAUUGCCAAGGUCGACGCCUACCACUACUGGUCGAUGGUGACUGGCGCCGCUUGUGUUUCGUGGGAGAGUUGGCAAGACGAAUUCAAGAAGAAGGCCUUGUCGCCCAACUGGGAGUCGGAAACCCGACGAGUAUUUGAGGGUUUGCAGUGUCAGGGAUCUACGUUGGCGGCGUGGACGGCGUUCGAGGAGAAGGCUGGCGAAUGCCAGAUGGUCCUCAGUGAUUGUCUCGGCGCCAUCACAGAAUCGGACAUGCGCCGAAAACUCGUGUUUGGUCUCCCUUCGCACAUCCUUACUCGUGUCGAGGAUCGCCUUGAAGACCGCGGCCUAGGUCGUUCCGUCAUAUCUCUCCCCCUUCUGCGUUCUAUUAUUGAUCGCACGUUCCGCACCGAGCACCCCACCCCUCCUCCCGCGGUCUAUUCAUCUACAACUCGGCAAUUUCGUCCUGCCCCCGCUGCGACACCUCGUCCCUCCGCGUCGCCAGCCGCUCCUACCACCUCGUCCAACGCUCCCACUCAUCUCAAUGGCCGUUCUUUAACGCCUGAGGAGCAAGGUUGGAUUACCAACAGGAAACUUCCUCCCAAAUCUACCGACGCCGGUGACCGAGCCCGCGAUUUCCUUGAUAAGAACAAGCUUUGCUAUUUCUGCCGCAAGGCGGGGCAUAUGAGUGGCCAGUGCCCUCGUCGGUUGGAAGAGGCUGUCGUGGCCCACGUCAACAUCGACGACAUUGAUGAGGAAGGCGAUACUCCCCCUUAUCUUUGUCGACGUCGGUCUCUCGGCUGA